AUGGCUUUCAAACUAUUUUCCUUCGCCGCCUUCUUGGCCGUAGCCAACGCAGGAGUCCUCCCGGAAGCCUACCCAGCUCCUCUAACCUACGCAGCCCCGGCUCUAACCAAAGUAGCCUACUCCGACGCACCGUCGGUCUCCUACUCCAGCGUAUCAGCACCACUUCCAGCACCCGUCGCCUACGCCCACGCUCCCGCUCCCCUAGCCUACGCCGCCGCUCCCGCCUACGCCAAAGUAGCAGCGCCGGCGUUCGCCUACGCCGCCCCGGCUCCUUCCUACCACGUCCCCGCUCCCGCUUACCCGGCCCCAGCUCACCUGGCCUACGCCGCGCCGGCCCUUAAGGUGGCCCAGCCGGUGCUGGCCAAGACCGUGAUCGCCGAGCCCGAAGCCCCCGCUCACUACGACUUCGGCUACGCCGUCAACGACCCCCACACCGGCGACAGCAAGAGCCAGCAGGAGUCGCGCCGCGGCGACGUCGUCCACGGCAGCUACUCGGUGGUCGACGCCGACGGCACCAAGCGCACCGUCGAGUACCAGGCCGACGAUCACAACGGCUUCAACGCCGUGGUGCACCGGGAACCCGCCCAGGUGGCCGUGAAGGCUGUGGCCCCGGUCGUGGCUAAAGUGGCGGCUCCGGUGGCUUACGCCGCCCCCGUCGCCAAAUUCGCCGCUCCGUUGCAGUACGCCUCUCCGGUGCAAUACGCCUCUCCGGUGCAAUACACCGCUCCCCAAGCGUACUACCAUCACUGA